CACCUAGUUACUGCCCUCCGCAACUCGCGUGUACAUCCGCAUCGCGUCUAAGGCGAAUUGGGCUAAUUUCGCGCUUGCAGACUCAUCCUUGCUCACUGGGAUGGAAGCGCACAUGCACGUAUCCACGUGAGCGCGUGUGUCCACGCCCACGUACAUAAACGCUACGAAUCGGCACGGUGAGAUUGAGCUUAACGAGGAUGCAUUGCUCGUCGCCGGGAGAACCGUCAUCAUCUUGCGUCUCGUAACGUCUUGUAUAAUGCGCGCGCGUCGGAUUCAGGUUCGCCGCCGCCGGAUUCGCCGCGGAUCAUCGCAGGGCGUAUUCCUUUCACUGCAACGAGCCGGUGCAACGCGAUUCGCCGCGCAUCGCCGAUCUUUGCGACAUAUGCGGGCGUAACACCUUGGCAUAUCCUUCGGUCCUUCGAACGGUCAGGAUCGUUUGAGCGACUUCUCCAAAAUUCCUGGCCUCACGACUCCAACCGUGCUGUAUGAUGCGUCGUCGAAAUAAAUUAAUUCCCUCGCGUAUCGUCACUGGAACAUAGUAGCCGACAAGAUGCAAUGAUAAUAAAAGUAAAAUGACAAUAACAUAAGUAGUUUUAAACAGAGUUUCGAGGAUUUUAUCGCCAGUGCUUGAUUAACAGUUAGGUUGAAUAAUCCGACACAACUGCCUACAGGAAAAUUUCCCUUAUCACAAACACAACGUUUGGUCAUGGGUUUUGGCCGACUUCAUGCUGUAACACUUGAGAAGGGCCAAAACCCAUGGCCUAAACGUUGCGUUUAUAAGAAAGGAAACGCAAUGCAGUGCAAUCGAAUUCGUUAUUAGAAAGUCACAUUCUAAACUGUGAAAUCAAUAAAUUUUAAUAUCUAAACCCAUGGAAAGAUCUUGGCCACGUUCGACAAUGUUAUUUUAUAGAAUUCUGCGAAAAAAUAGACAUAUAAAAAGAGGUGAUUCGAGAAAAGGAGGCCCGAACGAAGCUGCAGAAUGUUGGAUUAACUCCAUCUAUUGGUUUAUUACAAUGUCUAUUAAAACUGGGUCGCAUCCUACUCCAGCUCGUGGAAGACAAAAGAUUUUAAAACGAAAUAACAAAUGUACGAACAUAAUUACGUGUCUGUUCUGCAUUCUCUCUGGAGAUCUUCUGGAUAAGUUUCGCGUGGGUACCUCGCGACUGAUCGUGAGUAUAACUGAGUAUCUCGCGACGCAUAACUAA